GCGGGGGAGGGCAGCUGGGCAGGGCUGACGCUCAGCUCACGUGUCCCAUGAUGCUGUCGCGUGCCCACCUCCUCCUCCUCUCCGCGGCCAGGGUUUUCCAGGCAGCACAGCAGCCGCCGCCGCAGCCCUUGCUUCGCAGUGCCAAGGCUGGGCGAAAGGAUCUGGGCGUUGCGUGCUCUCCAGCCAGCGGGGAGCCCAGCGGUCUCGCCAUGACGGCGUCCAUGAGGCAGCGGUUUGAUAAGUUUCUCCACGAGAAGAACUGCAUGACCAGCCUGCUGGAGAAAAUCGAGACCAAGACGGGGGUGAACCGAUCCUACAUCGCCAUCGCUAUCAUUGGCGUGCUGGCCGUGUACCUGGUGAUCGGCUAUGGAGCAUCUCUGCUGUGCAACCUGAUCGGAUUUGCUUAUCCUGCCUACAUCUCAAUCAAGGCUAUUGAAAGCCCCAACAAAGAUGAUGACACACAGUGGCUGACCUACUGGGUUGUGUAUGGCAUCUUCAGCAUAGCAGAAUUUUUCUCGGAUAUCUUUCUGUCCUGGUUCCCUUUCUACUACAUGCUGAAGGCUAUUUUUAAAUACACUUCUGGGUGGAGGAAGAUCCAGCUGAGAGUGCUCAGCACUUCUGUAAAUCAGACCCCAGGUCUCAAGUUGAGCACCCAGACAAUGAAGAGAGAUCUUUGAAUACAUCUGAAACUUGGUUUCAGUGAUUGGCCCAGCAUCACAUAGGAAUUCUGUAGCAAAGACAGGGUGGCAUCAAAUUCUCCAAGGCAGCAGUCAACUGCUUAGCCAUCAGAUAGGGGACCACAGAAAGAGAAAAGAUGCUGCACCUGCCAACUCCUCAACAAAUGAGGUAGGUGUCCUUCAGAAAAUAGCCUUCAUUACGCAACCCUGAUUCAACCUCAGAGCAGGUCCUUUCACACUAUAAUAUGUACAAAGAGUCUUAAUUUAGGUUGCACAGGUGCUGACUUUGACUAAUUCUGAUGUUGACUAAAUGUUCUUUUUGUGUGUCUGUACUGGGAUGGUUGCUAUAGAAAUGUCUAUAGUACCAAUUCCAGUAGUAUAUAAGCCUCUCAUAUACUAAAAGAUCUAUCUUCCAAACACUCUUGUGAGAUGGUAUCCUAAUGUUACAGACAGGGAAUUGAGGUACAGACACUAAUACUUGAUUGAAACAACAAAACCAUACCCUGACCCAGUUCUACAGUACAACCCUCUACUAUGGAUGCAGUUUUACUGGUAUAAACAAGCCUUAAACAAGUAUAGCUUAUUUCUCUCCUUAUCAUAUGAAAAUAAGCAAUACCAGUAUAACUGAGUCCAUGCUGGAGGGGGGGUUGUGCAUGUCACUUUACAGAUAGGUUAACUAAACCGGUACAACUUUUGUGUGUAGAAAAAGCGAAAGUGACCUUGGUAAGUCACUGAGUCUGUGGGCAGAGUUAGAGACAGAACCCAGAUCUCGUGAAUCUCAUCCUUCCUCUCUCAGCGCCAAUAU